AAUUCUUGACUAGCAUAGUGAACGAGGGCGUCGCACAUGAGUUGCAUCAGUCAGUCUGACUAAGAUUUAAUGAACUUUAUAUCUUUAAAGAAUGAAAAAUAACUGACAAGCCAAUAAACACGCUUUAGAGAACACUGUACAGAGAAUUUAAUCAGCUCAAGGGUCCUUCACUCAUUCGUCACUGUGGAAAAGACUCUUUACACGCUGACUCACAUUUAUCAGACCACCCUCUUCCUCAUGGUCUAAGAGUGAUCCAGCAGCAGGAUGUCCCAACAUGCUUUGCUGUCUGUGGGGGCCAAAGCAUGGCGUUCCAUUCCCUGCCUGCGCUCUGAACUUCGGCUGGACCUGACACUGGGAUGUGGACAAAGCUUCAGAUGGCGUGAAACAGGAGAAGGCCACUGGACAGGAGUGAUGGGGGGACGAGUGUGGACACUCACUCAGACAGAAGAUACCUUAUGGUACCAUGUCUACAGUAAUCCUGGAAAUACAGCAUUAAUUAAUGGACAGAAACGCAAAGCCGAGGUGGGGCCACAGCACUCAGGAAAGAAAUUAAAACAAGUGUCUACUGUAAAAAAGGAAGAGGAUGAGUUGGACCUAGAUGCUGUGAGCUCUGAGCAGGAUGAGAAGGCGGGAACACUUUUGAGAGACUAUUUCCAGUUGGAUGUUAAGCUAGGAGAUUUGUACAGAGAGUGGAGUGAUGCAGAUCAACACUUCAGCCAGACAGCGCACAUCUUCACAGGAGUGCGGAUGCUACGCCAGGAUCCUGUGGAGUGUCUCUUCUCGUUCAUCUGUAGCUCUAAUAAUCACAUCUCUCGGAUUCAGGGCAUGGUAGAGCGACUGUGUAACACACUGGGGACACCACUCUGCAAGCUGGAUGACACACACUAUCACGACUUCCCCCCCUUACAGGCACUGGCAGACAGUAAGGUGGAGGCAUGUCUGCGUGAUCUAGGUUUUGGGUACCGUGCACGUUUCCUGCAGCAGAGUGCUCACCUUAUCAUGAACUCCCACGGUCCUGACUGGCUCUACACACUCCGCAGCGCCCCCUACCUGCAGGCUAGAGAUGCACUCCGGACACUCCCUGGUGUUGGUCUUAAGGUGGCUGACUGUGUGUGUUUGAUGUCGCUGGACAAGUCUGAAGCUGUCCCUGUAGACACACACGUGUGGCAGAUUGCUAAACGAGACUAUAACUGUGCUGCGGGUCACGGGCAGAAGACUCUGACUGAUAAGCUCUAUAAUGAGAUUGGAGAUUUCUUCAGGAAGCUCUGGGGCUGCUAUGCUGGCUGGGCUCACUCUGUAUUGUUCUGUGCUGACCUGAAGAAGUUUCAGAAUCUGAAAGAAGUCGCCGUGAAAGAAGAAAAGAAAGAAAAGAUCAAAAGAUUGACAAACCGUACUAAAAAGAAGACUGUGAAAAAGGAAGAAGAGGAAGGAGAGUGAGUUGUCUCACUCUGUCAUUCAUCACGUCUUGCUGCUGAACAGAUUGAGCAGGACUUUUGAUGUUCAGUGGAAAAAAAAACUCAGGACUAAUGGAUUCAUGAUUUCUGUACUUCUCUCCAUAUUUGUGGUGAACUGUUUCACUUUUUUAAUAUUAGGUGAUUUCGUCUGACACUGAAUAUUUUGUAUUAGGAUAUAAGGCGAAUGUGUCAAUGAUUUACCUGCUGUUUUUGGGUGUUUUUAAAUGUGUGUUUUUCUCUGAAAGUGGUGAUUGUCUAAAACAUCCUUAUAUGAGGGAAUAUUUUGGGUUUUUUAAUAUAAGGUCAAUUACCCAGCCCGCUCAUUAGGACUCUCCCUAUAACUAGUGAUGCCCCAACACACCAGGAGGGUGAGGACUAACACAUGCUUCCUCCGAUACAUGUGAAGUCAGCCACCAGCUUUUUUUUUUUAACUGAAGUCAGCCACCUGCUUUUUUUUAACUGCUGCUGAUGCAGCAUAGCCGAGUAGCAUCAUAGUGUGCUCGGAGAAAAGCGCAGCGGCUCGGUUCCUAUACAUCGGCUCACAGGCACCUUGUGCUGAGCGAUAUCACCCUUUGGAGUGAUGUAGGGAGAGAGCGCCAUCUACCCACCCAGAGAGAGCAAGGCCAAUUGUGCUCUCUCAGGGCUAAAGUGGCAGAUGGCAAGCUGCAUAAACAGGAUUUAAACCGGUCAUCUUGUAGCAUUGUAACAUUGUAGCAGAGUGCUCAAAGCCCCUAUAUGUAGAUUUUUUUAUAGUUGAUAAAUUUGUCUGAAAAUCGAUCUGUGAGCAAUUGUUAUUUUCACCACAGAGGUAUCCAGCAUUCCGAGCAUACACAGCACCCUUAUCCCAAAGUAAAAGUGAGUUUAAAUUCUUGUAAUUUUGCUUUAAGUAAGAUUUACUGGGCUAAAUGA